GUCAGAAUUCAUCAGGUGAGGAGCUUGUGAAGUCAGCAUGUCUAAGCGUCAGAGCGGUGGAGGCAAGGAGGCCCUGCCGGCACACAUCAAGCGGCCCUGCGUGCAAGUGGCUCGUCCUAUCCACGUCUACCCUCACGAGCCUGUUCAUGUUCAUUCGUUGCACCAGAGUGAGGUGGAACGCUUGGAUAACAGUACCCCGCACGUCUGCAGUAGCAGCAGCAGCGGCAGUGGUUCUACAGACGGUCGCCAGCAGAGUCCAGAUCAAGUGUUUGGAUCAUACGACAUGGAUAGAUCACAAACGUCACCUCCUCAACAGAACUCCCCUCCUCGAGCCUCACCUCUUCACGCAUCCUCACCACUUAGAGUAUCACCUCCAUUGAUAUCACCUCCUCAGGUGUCACCACAGCGUGUAUCGCCCUCCCAUGCUUCACCUCUCACAACCUCAACAACCAGGGCCUCUCCGACGACCAGGGUGUCUCCAUCCCGCGUGUCACCGGCUCACGUUUCCCCUAGUCACGUAUCUCCUAUUCACGUAUCUCCUACCCACACAUCCCCACCCCAGAUGUCCCCAACUCGUGUAUCACCGUCGCACACUUCACCACCUUGCAGCUCCCCUUCUGCAGUAACAAACUGUGAAGCUUGCCACUAUCACCAUCAUCACCACCACCACCAUCAUCAACAACAACAACUACAACAACCACCACCACACCAUCACAACCAUGUUAGUUACAGCGCCGCAUACUCUCCCCCGCCACUGGACUCAACUAGCAAACCCUUGUGCGAUUCGCAACGCCACGAGCCCCUGUCCCACAAAGCCCCGCCAAAGUCUUCCGGUGCAGUCUUACCAAUUCGGUCCCAUGCUUCUUCCCUCCCGUCUUGGAUUAAAUCAGAAGACCACAGGCCGACCUGGGCGAAACGCCCUCUGCCUGCAAAGGACCUUUCAAAUGAGGCUCGGUCACGGACCGGAGAAAAGCACCCAGCACAGGAGGCAGAGAAGAAUAAGCAGGCAUUGGAAUCGACGAACCCUGUUACCCGAUGGCCAAGUGCACCAAAAUGGGUUGAACUUGAACAAGUUUGUAAGGCCAUCACUUCUGGCCACGACAGAGCCUGUAAACUAUUGAAUCACAAGUCUCCCUCGUUUGAUGUGGCUCUGGGAUGCAUAAAGAAAGGAACGCCAGACUUCCAAAUGGUAAGAUGAGAUAAGAUAGGAGAGAGAGAGUGAGAGAGAUGGAAAGACAGAAGAACAAUGAGGAAAAAAGUGAGAAAAAUGAUGCAGAUUUAACGGGAUGCAUGAAGAAAGGAACAACAGAAUUCCAAGUGGUAUAGAGAUGGAGAGAUGGCAAAAUGGAGGCGGAGGGACAGAGAGAGAGAGGGGGGGGGGGUGGGGAAUAAAAAUGAAGAGAGAGAGGUUAACAUCAAAAUGCAAUAAUGGGGAAAGAAAUAUCCUUUCUCCUGUCUGUAGUCGACUAAAGAGGAACUUUGGAAAUGGACGGGAACUUGUCAUUUGAAUAUCUAGGUCACUUCCCGAAGGGUCAUGUAACAGGAACUAUUUUCCAGGACGGAAACUGUCACGAUUCUGGAUGUAUUUCGGACGUUAUCAUGAUUAAUACACCUGUAGGUUAAUAUAUAUGAAUAUUUGAUUAUGUUCUCAGUAUCUGUUAUCUUGAUUUUUUUGUGUGUGGUUAUUUUGGGAGAUUUCAAACUAUUUUGUUUUCCUUUUUAGAAAGAAAAAUUUAAUUUGUUGUAGUCUAAAUGUGUAAUUCAGAAUAAAUGUGAUUCAUUAUUUUCUUGAAUGGCAAGAUGGUCAUUUUUAAUUAAAUGAAAAUAAAUCAGAUUUAUCAGUAUACUGAUAUAUACAUACUUAUCAUUAUUUCCAAAAUUUAAACAUGAUAAAAGCUCAACUUUAUGUACAUGCAGUCAUGCAUAUUGGUACUUGACGUACAUUAAGUAUGAAAAAAAAUUCCAUAUUAUUUUCUCUCUGCCCUUGUUCACCAAUUUAGUGGUUCAUAAUGAUAAUGAUAGAGUCUGUUGCGGUUCACCUACUUUCGAAUGGAGUAAUGAAAUUUCAUUUUUGGAGCAUGGCAUGAAUCAUUUUAGGGUCACAGAGAGAAGGUGUUUGUUGUUUCUAGGAAACAAAAAAUGAGACCAACCACUUGGGUUAUAAAAGUGGCAUAGUGAAAAUAAAAAAAGCGAGUAAACAUUGUUAAGGUAGAGUGCAGGGCGAAAAAGUAGGCCAAAUUAGAUUUGAUGAACUGGAUGUUAACCAGAGCAUAAUAGGAUUUUAAACCUCGCUCCUUUGCUUAUUUCAAAGUCCCCCCUCUCUCUCUCUCCCAUGAAACAAGAGUAGAAAUAGGGUGCGUCUGCCAGACAGAAAUAUACACGCACGGGGCAACGGCUAAAGUGCAGUGCCCCCGCGGACCCAAAUGGAGUGCAAAUUGGUAAUUUUCAGCCGACUUACUUAGGCCUUGGAGAGACGGCACAACAGAGCCAGGUUGGGCUGUGGCUGCCAGGAUAGGCUGUAUCUGAGCAAAUAGACGUCAGGGCUGCAUGGGGGUAUAGCACGGAGGGCUGGGUGGUAUAGAGGUUGUUGUGAUCAAGGUUAUCUAGACACAGUAUGAAGCUGUAGGUGAAGCCAUGAACUUUGCCGUACAAAUUUAUCUUUGGAGAGAAGAGUUGAUUUGCAUUACUACAUGCGUCUGAAACAUUUUCUAGUCAAAUCAAUUUUGACUUAUUGCAAUAGGAAUCUAACAUUCUGAAUGUCCAUGUGUAUUCAGUUUGUGUAUCUACAUGUUGUUGGUUUUUAGGGAGGAGGAGGGGGUUCUUUUCUUUAUUUUAAAAUUAUUUUGUGUUGUCUUAUAAUUGCUGAAUGUGUUCCAGCUCUACUAGAAAUUAUUGCUUGCAGCAAGCCAGAGCACUUUUUUUUUUAAAUGUCUUUUAUUAUAUUGCCAGACUCCAACUGUUCUGAAUUUUUUUCCAAUAAUACAUUAUUUGGAAAUCUGUUGGUUUGUGAAAAUGAAAUAAGUAAUACCUGCAGGAAAUAGAAAUUAAGGGUCAGCAUUUCUGUAAGAUGAGAUGCUUAAUUGAGAAAUUAAGUUCAUUUAUUGUUUCAGGCUAGACAACAUUGACUUAAUUGGCUGCUGGUAUUCCAUGCCCAGGUUUCAUUAGAUGAUGGAAAAAAUUGUGUUUAUAUGGAUGGUUGAUUGGUAAUGUGAAAUAAUUGUCCUACUUUAUAUUUUCUUCUGUGUCUUUAAAUGAAAUAGUCCCACAGCCUACAAAAACAAAGCAUCAUCAAGUCAUUUUUUUUUACUAUAAACGUUUGGAAAUUCAAUCCUUUUUUCAGACAGAAAUUUUUGAAUUUUCCAUUUUUUACAGUAAUGAUGAUUUUGUAAGUUAAACCACAUUUUUUUUCUUUGUAUCUCUGACAUUAUUUCAGUGAUCACAGAAGGCGUUCUUUAGGAAUUAAUUAAAAGAAAAAGCCUAUUACUCACUGUGGUGAUUCAUGGAUGCGAUAGAAAUGUGCAAUCUGAAUGUGAUGAUCCGUUAAAACGAGGGCGCCCAUUCCCAGCAUGAACGAACCAUCCACACGGCAGAGCGGCUAAUGUAAAUAACGAGUGCUAAGUUGUCGAGACAGACCG